GUCUUGUAAUGGGACUCAACAAAUACUGUUUAAUACAGUUUGGACUACAGUAAAAGGCUUUCCAAAUCCAUGGAUGUGGCAUCCAGUUUCAGGUCACGACAUAUGGUUAUCCAGAGAGUUACCACCUUCUGCAAAGGAUGAUCCUCAUGUCUUCAUCCAAGCAAGUUCACUACAUCUCUACUUUUUUAUUAUUAUUUCUGUAAUUAAUUAUUUACCAAUUUAUUUUUUCCCCACUGUUUGCAGACACUGCCAUACAUAAAUACAUACAAUGCUUAAAAGUACUGUUCAACCCCCUGCAGAUUUUGAGAACUUAGCAUUGUGAAAUCUGGACUGUAGAUGGUCCUGGACAUGUGAAAUGCACUGCAGCAAAAAAUAAUGUUAUUCCUCUCUUUAUUCAUUUUUUUAUAUUUUGCACAGUUUACCAGAGGAUCAAUUAUUAUUCAACCCCUCAAACCACCAGAAUUCUGUUUGGUUCCUGCAAGUAUUAAGAAGUAAUUUAAGUAUUAAGAACAAUGAGUUUCACAUGCUUGGAUUAAUUAUCUGUUUUUUUCUCACCGUUUCUGACUAUAAAAGCCCCUCCCCAUUCAAGUGAACAACACUCAUACAUGGUCAACAUAAGAGAGACUAAGGAGCAUUCCAAGGCCAUCAGAGACAAAAUCAUGGAGGGUCACAAGGCUGGCAAGGGGUACAAAACCCUUUCAGAGGAGUUGGGCCUACCUGUCUCCACCGUUGGGAGCAUCAUCUGGAAGUGGAAGGCUUAUGGAACUACUGUUAACCUUCCACAGCAUGGACAGCAUUUCAAAAUUUCCUCCCAUGCUGAGGCCAGGCUUGUCCGAACAGUCAAGGCUGACCCAAGGGCAAUAAGGAGGGAGCUCCGGGAAGAUUUCAUGGCAGUGGGCGCAUUGGUUUUAAUAAAUACCAUAAGUAACAAACUCCCCUGUAAGAGUCUCCAUUCCAGGCGAGCUCGUAAAGCACCUUUACUUUCAAAGAGUCCUAUCAAGGCCCAUCUAAAGUUUGCUCAUGAUCACUUGAUGGACUCUGAGGCACACUGGUUCAAGGUUCUCUGGUCUGAUGAGACCAAUAUCACAGUCUUGGUGCCAACCACACCCAGGGCAUUUGGCAAGAGGAUGGCACUGCAUACGACCCCAAGAAUACCACCCCUACUGUCAAGCAUGGUGGUGGCAGCAUCCUGCUGUGGGGCUGCUUCUCAGCCAAGGGGCCUGGCCAUCUGGUCCGCAUCCACAGGAAGAUGGAUAGCACAGCCUACCUGGACAUGUUGGCCAAAAACCUCUGCUCCUCCAUCAAGGAUCUUGAGAUGGGUUGUCAUUUCAUCUUCAAACAGGACAACGACCCCAAGCACACGGCCAAGAAAACCGAGGCCUGGUUUAAGAGGGAAAAGAUCAAGGUGUUGCAGUGGCCUAGUCAGUAUCCUGACCUUAACCCAAUUGAAAACUUGUGAAAGGAGCUUAAGACCCACAAGAGAUGCCCAAAGACAACUUGGAGACAACUUGGAGAAGAUCUGCCUGGAGGAGUGGGCCAAGAUUACUCCAGAGACCUGUGCCGGCCUGAUCAGGUCUUAUAAAUAACGAUUAAUAGCUGUAACUGCAAACAAAGGCUAUUCCAAAAAAUAUUAAACGUAGAGGUUUAAUAAAAAUUGAUCCUAAUUUUUAUGUCUAAAAUGUAUUAUAAUUUAAUUGAGGAACUUAUUUUUUUGUUUGUAAUAUUUAGGCAUCUGUUAACAAAUGGUACUCUUGUUCAAAGUUUGAAGGCUCUAACUUAUUUGCAACUUGUUGAAUUUGCAAAAUCUGCAGGGGGUUAAAUACU